GUGUACUGAGAGUCAAAAACCCUUCAGUCUUCGCUCUUCUCUCUCGGUUCACCAUUCCAAUGGCGUCUUCCCAUCUCCUCUCUCCCUCCACUUUCCUCCCCAAGACCACAAUCCACCGCCGUUUCUCCGAAAACCCACUUCCCAAAUUCCCAUCUCUACCCCUCAAGCUCUCCCUAAACCACGUAAAGCCCCUCCGGGCCGCCAUCUCCCAGGCCGACGCCGCCCCUGCAGCUCAAGGAGCCUCGUUCAAGCACUGCUUCUCCAAGUCCGGUGAUGGGUUCCUUUACUGCGAGGACGUCAAGGUCCAGGACGUCAUGGAGGCUGUCGAGAGGCGGCCCUUCUACCUGUACAGCAAGAGGCAGAUCACGAAGAAUGUCGAGGCAUACAAGGAGGCCUUGGUGGGGUUGGACUCUGUGAUUGGGUAUGCGAUUAAGGCGAACAACAACCUCAAGAUUCUGGAGCAUUUGAGGGGGUUGGGCUGUGGGGCUGUACUGGUCAGCGGCAACGAGCUGAGACUGGCCCUCCGAGCUGGUUUUGAUCCCACCAAGUGCAUCUUUAAUGGGAAUGGAAAACUCUUGGAGGACUUGGUUCUGGCUGCACAAGAAGGCGUUUUUGUUAAUGUCGACAGUGAAUUCGACUUGGAUAACAUAAUCAAAGCCGCUAGGAUUGCUGGCAAGAAGGUUAAUGUAUUGCUUCGUAUCAACCCCGAUGUGGAUCCUCAGGUCCAUCCUUAUGUUGCCACUGGAAACAAGAAUUCCAAGUUUGGGAUUAGAAAUGAGAAGCUUCAAUGGUUCCUUGAUUCUGUGAAGGCACAUCCAGAUGAGUUGAAGCUUGUCGGUGCCCACUGCCAUCUCGGUUCCACCAUCACUAAGGUUGAUAUUUUCAGGGAUGCAGCUGUUCUGAUGGUCAACUACAUCGACAUAAUUCGAGACCAAGGAUUUGAAGUUAACUACUUAAACAUUGGUGGUGGUCUGGGAAUAGAUUACUAUCAUACUGGUGCUGUCCUUCCCACACCUAGAGAUCUUAUUAACACUGUCCGCGAGUUGGUCCUUUCACGAAAUCUGAAACUCAUAAUAGAGCCAGGAAGAUCGCUCAUUGCAAAUACUUGCUGCUUUGUCAAUCGGGUGACUGGGGUCAAAACUAAUGGUACAAAGAACUUUAUCGUGAUUGAUGGGAGCAUGGCAGAACUAAUUCGUCCCAGUCUCUAUGGCGCAUAUCAGCACAUAGAGUUGACCUCUCCUCCACCGUCUGGGGUAGAGAUCUCAACCUUCGAUGUGGUUGGCCCAGUCUGCGAGUCUGCAGAUUUCUUAGGAAAGGACAGAGAACUUCCUACUCCAGAUCAGGGAGCAGGUCUCGUAGUCCAUGACGCCGGUGCAUACUGCAUGAGCAUGGCAUCUACAUACAAUUUGAAGAUGCGUCCUCCGGAGUAUUGGGUUGAGGAAGAUGGAUCCAUCAAGAAGAUCCGCCACGCGGAAACUUUUCAAGACCACUUACGGUUUUUCGAGGGCCUGUAAUGCAUUCGCAGACUCACCAUCUUCCAUUUGCUGCUGACUCAUGAUUGUUUCGGGUCUCCCUUUUAUCGGGUUAGUUAGUGUCGGUCUUUAUCCUUUCCAAGGAAUGAUCAAAAUGUUGUCUCUUCGAGCGCUGAACGUUUCAAAUACCCACGGAGAAGAGAUGGCAGACGUAUUCCUUCUUUCAAGUCAAUUGUUAAUUGUUUGUCUUAGAAUUAAGUAAUAUAAGUAAGCAAACGUAAUGUAAGAGGCGGAAAAUAAGAGAACUCCUCUCAGGCCUACUUCUAUGGUCUAAAUGAUUGGAGUGGAAUUGUUGUAUUCUAAUGUCUUCAAUCUUUUUGACAUUUACUUUA